AUGCUUUAUAAUGAAAUAACUACAGAAGAUAUAUACCUACUUACUGAUAUACGUUUAUCAUUCAAUCAACCCAAAUUUUGUGCAUCGGCAACUUGGAAUCCCAAUGCGAUAACAUUUCUCAAUAGUCAAGCAAUUGGUAUUCAACCUAACGAUAUAUUUGUCAGUAUCAACAACACAGUAUAUGUAUCUGAGAAUGGUCGCGAUCGAGUACAGAUAUGGUUAGAAGGCAGUAGGAAUCCAUCGAAAAUUAUUUCUUAUAAUUUAAUACCUCCACAUGGAUUAUUUGUCUCGGUUACUAAUGAUAUUUAUAUUGACAAUAGUGUGUCAGGUUAUGGAGUUGAAAAAUGGACAAUGACGAGCACAAGUGGUACAAAUGUGAUGAUUACUGAUGAUAUCUGUUUCCAUCUCUUCAUAGAUAAAAAUAAUACACUUUAUUGUUCGUAUAGUAAUCUUAAUCAAGUAGUUAAAACAUCGUUAAAUAAUAACCAUCACAUGUCAACGAAUGUAGCAGGUACUGGAAAUGCUGGAUCAGCAUCGAAUAUGCUUUCAAGUCCUAAUGGAAUAUUUGUUGAUGCUAAGUUUAAUUUAUACGUGGCAGAUAGUGGCAACAAUCGAAUUCAGUUAUUCAAACCCAGUCGUUCAAAUGGACAAACUAUAGCAGGAAAUGGUGCAAAUAAUACAAUUACACUUAAUAAUCCAAGAGCCGUUAUUCUUGAUGCUGAUGGAUAUCUGUUCAUUUGCGAUACAUUUAAUCAUCGCAUUGUUGCAUCAAGUGCGAAUGGUUUUCGAUGUAUAGUUGGAUGCUUAGGUAUAGCUGGUAGUGCAGCUAAUCAGUUAUAUAAACCAUGGAAUAUCGGUUUUGAUAGUUAUGGUAAUCUGUUUGUUGCUGAUCGCUUCAAUAACAGAAUUCAGAAGUUUUUGUUAGCAACAAAUCCUUGUGGUAUUACAUAUAAUCAACCAAAGUUUUCUUCUUGUGCAACAUGGGAUACCAACGCUACAACUUUUUCAGAUAAUAAUACAAUUGGUAUGAAGCCUUACAGUGUAUUUGUUAAUACGAAUAAUAGUAUUUAUGUAUCUGGAGUAACUUCCAAUCAAGUUUAUGUAUGGUAUAACGGAAGUUCAUCUCCAAAUAGAAAUAUAUCUCGUGGUUCCAAUAUUAGUUAUAGUAUUUUUGUUGGAAACAAUGGUGAUCUUUAUGUUGAUAAUGGUCUCUACAAUGGUCGAGUGGAUAAAUGGUCAUUAAAUGCUACAAAUAGUAGUAUUGCAAUGUAUGUCAAUAAAUACUGUCGUGGUAUUUUUGUUGAUAUGGUCAAUAAUAUUUACUGUUCUAUUGGUUUUUUAAAUAAAGUAAUUAAAAAACCAUUAAAUAAUGAUGUGAACAUAACAACCAUUGCUGCUGGUACUGGAAAUAAUGGAUCAGGAUCCUAUAUGCUUAGUGAUCCUAGAGGAAUUUUUGUUGACAUCAAAUUUAAUUUAUAUGUAGCAGAUUGCGGAAACAAUAGAAUUCAGUUUUAUCGGCCAGGUAAUCUAAAUGGAACUAGUUUGGCUGGAAGCAAAGUGCCAGGAACAAUUACACUUAAUUGUCCAACUGAUAUUAUAUUAGAUGGUGAUGGAUAUUUAUUUAUUGUUGAUAACUACAAUUAUCGUAUUGUUCGAUCAGGACUCACUGGUUUUCAGUGUUUAUUUGGUUGUACAGGUACAAGUACAAGUACAUUUGGUUCGGCUGCUGAUCAACUUAAUCGUCCUUGUAGUCUCAGUUUCGAUAGCGAUGGUAAUAUAUAUGUUGCUGAUACUUAUAAUAAUAGAAUCCAAAAAUUAUUACUAGCAACAAAUUCUUGUGAUAUUUCAUAUAACCAACCAAAAUUCUGUGCAUCUGCAGUAUGGAAUUCUAGUGCUACAAACUUUGCCGAUAACAAUACAAUUGGUUCACAUCCUAACAGUAUUUUUCUCGAUGUCAAUAAUACUAUUUAUGUUUCUGCUGGAAGUAUUAAUCAAACAAUAGUAUGGCUUGAUGGAAAUCCUAAUUCAACGUGGAAUAUUUCUGGUAAUUUAAUAUAUCCACAAGGUAUUUUUGUUACAAAUACAAAUGAUAUUUAUAUUGACAAUGGUUAUGUCAAUGGUCGAGUUGAAAAAUGGAAACUAAAUGGAACUAACAGUACUACUGUUAUGUAUGUUAAUGCGAGUUGUUAUAGUCUUUUUAUUGAUAUUCACGAUAAUCUUUAUUGUUCUCUGAAAAAUUCGCAUAAAGUUAUUAAAAAAUCAUUACAUACGAAUGCAAAUACAUCGGUUACUGUUGCUGGUAAUGGAAUCAAUGGAUCAGCAUCAAAUAUGCUUAAUAUGCCUUGUGGAAUAUUCAUCGAUAUAGCAGUUAAUUUGUAUGUAGCAGAUUGUGGCAAUGAUCGGGUACAACUCAUGAAAUCAGGAGAAAUGAAUGGAACAGCCAUAGCAGGAUAUGGAGCAUCAAAUACAAUUACACUCAGAUGUCCAACUGGAGUUAUUCUUGAUGGAGAUGGAUAUGUUUUUAUUGUUGAUAGUUAUAAUAAUCGUAUUAUUGGAUCAGGAGCUAAUGGUUUCAGAUGUUUAGUUGGUUGUAUAAGUGGAAGUAGUUCACUAACGAACACAUUAAAUAAUCCUACAACACUUAGUUUUGAUAGUUAUGGAAAUAUUUUUGUUAUUGAUUUGGGAAACGAACGCAUUCAAAAAUUCUUUUUCUUAAACGAUUCUUGUGAUCAAACAACGGAAACAACGGAAACAACAGCAUCAAUUACAACUACACCCAUAAUUCAAGAUUUCUUUAUUAGUUCAAAUAUUCAAUUGAAAUGUAAUAUUUCACUUUCAACAAUUAUGCAAUGGACAAUCAAUAAUUGUACUUCAUAUAAUUGUUUAACAUCAAUUCAAAUUGAUCGAACAAUAUCAACAACAUUUAGUGAAAUUUAUAUUCCAUCAAGAACUUUACCUUAUGGUACUUAUCGAUUUAAAUUAACAGUAACUAUGACUAGUUCACCUAAUCUAACUUCAUCAGCUUCAACAUAUAUUAAAAUAACACCAUCACUUAUUACAGCAAAUCUUGUUCAAUUUGGAACAUCAAUGAUUACACGUGGUUAUAAACAAGAUUUAAUACUUGAUCCAGGAACAUAUUCAAUUGAUCCUGAUGAAAAUAUAUUCAAUACAAGUAAUUGGAAUUAUGAAUAUUAUUGUCGAAUUUAUGGUCUUUAUAAUUUUCCAAAUAUUUUGGGAUUUCUUUUAACUAUUGAUGAUCCGAGAAUUGAUUCAUCUAAUCCAUCCUGUUUAUCAAAUCAAACAUUAGUACGAUAUAAUGGAACAUCACUUUCACCAAAUUCAUCAAUAAUAAUUUCAUCGAAUUCACUUUCACCAAAUCGAACCUAUCAAUUUAUGGUUAUUAUGACAAAUCGUCGAAAUUCUUCAAUGCAAGCAACAGGUUAUUUACUUGUUCAAAUCGAUAAUAAUUAUCCACAAAUGAUUGUUAUUGCUUGUGUGAUAUCAGAAAUGUGUAUAUCAAAUUUAGAAUUUCAAUUAGUUAAUCCAACAACUCAAGUUGCACUUUUUUCUAUUUGUCUCGAAAGUUGUUCAUCAUUGCUUAAUAUAACCUGGAAUAUAUAUCAAGGUUUUAAUGCAUCGCUAUCAACAAUUCAUUGGACAUUAUUUAAUCAGAUGGUACAAUAUGAGAAUAUUUGGUUUUUUGGAUAUAAUACAAGUAAUUUUACAGCAACAAAUGAUUUAUUUCUUAACAAUCCUCAAGUAACUUUUUGGCGUUUUGAAGUUGUUUAUACAUUUGCAUUAGAAACAAGUUCAAGUGCAUUGAAUUUUAUUAUAAAUCAACCACCUCGUAAUGGUUCUUGUUCCAUUGAUCCUCGCAAUGGUACAACAAGUACUUUAUUUACAAUAACAUGUCCUAAUUGGUUUGACGAAGAUGGAGUUCAAGAUUAUUCGAUUUAUGGUUAUACAUCAGAUAUAUCAGAACAAACAAUAAUUGCAUUUAGUUCUAUAUCAGAUUUUCAAGUUUUUUUACCAACUGGAGAUGAAAACACAUCAAUACUUUAUAUUAUAGUUCAUAUACGUGAUACACUUGAUUGUGUUACAGAAUAUAAUAUGAGUUCAAUUAUUGUUCAAACAAAUUCAAUAGAUCUUAUUGAUUUUACUAAUAUUUUACAUAAUGACACAGAUUCAUUAAUGAAUAAUCCAUUUAUACAAUUACUUUCAAGUGGAAAUCAAAAUAUUGUUGGACAAAUAAUAACAUCAUUUUCACAAGAAUUCAAUAAAAUAAAUAAUGAAAAUAUACAAAAUGCUGUAUCAAAUGGAAUUCCAUUUACAAGUAUUUUUAUUUCACCUUUAGGAAAUCAAAAUUUACAAAGCAUAAAUACGUCAUUAAACACAUCAGCUUUAAUAGAAUAUCAUAAACAAUUGAAUGUGUAUGCUAAUAUUCGUGAUUAUCUAAUAACAUAUCUAACUAACCUUGUAAUUACUACAUCAAGUAGUAUUAAAUUACAAUCAUCAACAUUAGUUCAAUUGACUCAAGCAACGAAUCAAUUAACACGAACAUCGUCUAUGGUAGCAUCAGAUAAAUGUUAUCAAUUAGCUAAUGCUUUAUAUUCAAUGUCAAACACAAUUUCAUAUGAAGAUGUUCAAACUGCUGCUAGUCAAAUUACUCAAUGUACUACCAAUGUUUUAACUGCAGUUAAUGGACCAUUACAACAACGAACAAGUGUACUUGAUUUAGAUUUCUCUCGUGCAAAUACAUUACCACAAGAUUAUGAUACUAAUCUUGAAAAUGAAUGGUCAAAUUUAAAUUUAUUUUCUAAUGGAAUGGAUUUUUCAUGGGAAACAAUAGAAAACGGUCGAAAUAUUUACUACCAAAAACAAUUAGCAAAUACAAUUAAUAUUCAAGCAACUGAAACAAUGACAUUAUUAACAAAUGCAUUAAAUAUUCAUAUAAAUAUUGGGCAAAAUUUUCUAAUAAAUACAUCAUCGGUUUUUAUGUCAUUAGAAACUAUAUCUAUUGAAUCACUUUCAAAUAAAUCGAUUAAACCAAUUCAAAAUUCUCGUAUUUAUAUUCCAUCAAAUAUUAGAUUAAAUACAGCAACUAAUUCAUCAAUAUCAGUUCGAUCAAUGAUACAACCACUUGCUUCAAUUGGUAAUUCUCAAAAUACAAAUCUUUCGACAUCACUUUCAUUCACCAUAUUGGAUCAAAAUGGUAAUGAAAUUUCUAUUCCAUCUGAUAAUAAACAUAUGAUUGAAUUAAUUAUACCACGAGAUUCAAAUUUAAUCAUACCUCCUAUGACUUUACAAAAUAUAAGUUCAUUUAAUUCAACACCUCAUCGUCAAUUAUUUAAUCUUCAUUUUAUUGAUGUAACAUCUAUAGUGUCAAUUUCAAUUCAUUUUGAAAUGCAUCCUUUAGAUACAAAUCUAGCUUAUUUAUUAAUCUAUAAAUUUGAUAGUUCACCUCAAUUAAAUAGUACAAUGAAACAAAUUGAUGGUUGGUCUUUACUUUGUCCUUCAAAUUUAACUGUUGAUGAUAUUUAUCUCUAUUUUAUUGAUAACAAUCAUACAAUUGAUCAUCAAUCAAUAGUAUUUGGUUUACGAGAAUUAAAUUCAACAGAUUAUUGUUUAAAUCAAUCUAUUUCAGAUCCACCCAUUUCAAAUGAACCAUUUCAUUUUACAGCAGAUUAUGAAUUACGUAUCUAUACAUCAGGUUGUUAUUAUUUAGAUACUGAUAAUACUUGGCAAUCUAAUGGAUUAUUAGUUGGCUCAUUAACAAAUCAUUAUCAAACACAAUGUUUUUCAACACAUUUAACAACAUUUGCUGGUGGUUUUAUUGUUUUACCAUCACCAAUUAAUUGGAAUAAUGUUUUUUCUAAUGCUGAUUUUAUGAAAAAUAAAACUAUUUAUAUUACAGUAAUAUGUAUCUGUAUUCUAUAUGUUUUAUUAAUUAUCUAUGCUCGUUAUAAAGAUAAGAAAGAUAUUGAAAAAUUAGGAGUAACACCAUUAUCUGAUAAUCAUAAAACUGAUCAAUAUUAUUAUGAAAUUAUUAUUUUUACUGGUCAUCGAAUAGAUGCUGGGACUCAAUCAAAAACUUAUUUCAUUCUAGCUGGUGAUCAAGAUGAAACAUCAGUACGAAGAUUAAUAGAUCCUCAUCGAGAAAUUUUACAACGUGGUGGUAUUGAUGCAUUUGUAAUGUCUGUUCCAAAAUCAUUAGGAUUAUUAAAUUAUAUUCGUAUUUGGCAUGAUAAUUCAGGUAAAGGUACAUCAGCAUCAUGGUUUCUUAAAUAUAUUAUUGUUCGUGAUUUACAAACAAUGGAAAAAUCAUAUUUUAUUUGUCAAAAUUGGUUAGCUGUUGAAAAAGGAGAUGGACUUAUUGAGCGUAUUUUACCAUAUGCGGAUGAAAAUCAGAAAAAUCAAUUUUCUUAUUUAUUAUCAAAACAAGCAUAUCAUAGUAUGUCAGAAGGUCAUCUAUGGUUUUCAAUAUUUUCUCGACCACCAUCGAAUAAAUUUACACGUGUUCAACGAUGUACUUGUUGCUUUGUUUUAUUAUUUACUGCAAUGCUUUUAAAUAUUCUUUAUUAUGAUCAAACAAAUGAAACAAAAACAAAUCAGACAAGUGGAAGUUUAUCAUUUGGUCCAUUAUAUAUCAGUUCUCAACAGAUUAGUAUUGGUAUAAUUGUUGAAAUUCUUUCAUUUGUUCCCAGUUUAUUACUUGUUCAAUUCUUUCGACGAAUAAAUCCACGAAAUUCUUAUAAUCAAGCAUCUUCAUUACGUGACGCUAUAUAUAAAAUAAAACAACAACCAAUAUCUGAAAAAGAAGUCAUUAAAUCAAAUAAAAACAAACGAUCAUCAUUGAAUUUUCCAUGGUGGUGUCUUUUUAUUGCUUAUGGUUUAUCAUUUCUAUUAACUGUAGUUUCAAUAUUUUUUAUUAUUGUUCGUGGAAUUGAAUUUGGAGAUUUAAAAAUUCAAAAAUGGCUUACAUCACUUCUUACUGGACUUUUUUCGUCCAUAUUUUUUAUUCAACCACUCAAAGUGAUUAGUUUAACUGUAUUCUUUGCAUUUUUUAUUCGAAAUACAGAUAAAGAAGCUGGCGAAUAUAUAGAUAACGAUGAUAAUCUUCAACUAGAUGCUAACGAAGAUUAUCUUCAUUCAUUACAGAAUGAUUCUCCAUUUACAAAUCAUUGUCAAACUCGAAUAAAUCAUCUUAAUCAAUCUGAAAUUGCAUGGGCUCGUACUCAACGUUUAAAAGAAAUACAAAUGUGGUCAAUUAUUCGAGAAAUAAUUACUUACAUAACAUUUCUUUCACUUCUUUACAUUGUUACCUAUUCAAAUAUGAAUCAAAAUGGUUUCUAUCAAGUUAAUCAUUUCCGUAAAUUCUUUUUAAACACGAGACAAAUCAAUUACGAUUAUACAAAAAUUUCAACUGUUCAUCAAUACUGGUCAUGGUUAGAAAAUAAUUUUCUUGAAAAUAUUCAUGCACAACAAUGGUAUAAUGGUGAACCACCUCGAAAUCUAAGUGGUUUUAUUAAUGAUAGAUCAAAUCGAUUAAUUGGUUGGCCAACAAUGAGACAAUUACGUGUUAAAUCCUAUUCAUGUUCUAUGAAUUCAAUGUGUCAAUAUGAUUAUAGUUUCUUUCAUGAAGAAAAACAAUCAUAUCAACCUGGAUGGAAAAAUCAAACAAUAUAUACGUAUAAUGUCUCUAUUGAACAAGCAUUUCAAUAUCAAACUGGUGAUCAAUUAGGUACAUAUAUGUAUGUUGGGCAACAUGCAACAUAUGCUAGCGGUGGUUAUGUAUAUGAAUUUCGUGGUAGUUUAAAUGAAAUUAAAAAUGACACUGCUCAACUUCAACGAUUAAAUUGGAUUGAUAGUCAAACACGAGCUGUUAUUAUACAAGUUAAUUUAUAUAAUCCAAAUUCACAAUUAUUUAUUUCAGUUAAUUUACUCACUGAGUUUUUAUCAACUGGCGGUAUUGAUGUGCAAUCUAGUUUUCAACCAAUCUCAUUUCAAAGAAUUUAUUUAGUAUUUACAUCACUGUCUACAUUGAUUUGUGCAAUAUUUUAUAUGGUAUUUAUUAUUUAUAUUAUGAUCAAUGAAAUAAAAUCUUUAAUUAAAUUAAAAAUAAAUUAUUUUCGAAAUUUUUGGUCAUUUAUUGAAUUUGGAUUAAUUAUUUGUUCAUGGACAAUUAUAGGAAUAUAUAUAUGGCGAUAUCAAGAAUUCUCACGUAUUGGUGAACUUUUUCAAAAGACACAUGGAUAUGUUUAUAUUAAUCUUGAACGUGCUGUUUAUAUUAAUGAUAUAUUUAUAUAUUUACUUGCUUUUUCUUGUUUUUUUGGUACAAUUAAAUUUGCUCGUCUUUGUCGUUUUAAUUAUCGUUUAUUACUUUUUACUAAAACACUUCAAUAUGCUAGUAAUGAAUUAUUAUCAUUUGCAUUUAUGUCGUCAAUUAUAUAUGUUGCGUUUAUAACAUUAUUUUAUUUAUUAUUUGUUUCAAAAAUUUCCACUUGUUCAACUUUAUUACAUACAGCACAAAUGCUGUUUGAAAUGACAUUAAUGAAAUUUGAUGCACAUGAAUUUACUGAUGCAGCUGCAUUUCUUGGUCCAUUUUGUUUUAGUUUAUUUAUUAUUAUAGUUGUAUUUAUUUGUAUGAGUAUGUUUUUAACAAUAAUUAAUGAUAAUUUUCGAACUAUUCGUAAUAAUAAGAAAUUAAAUCAGGAUGAAAAUCAACAAAUAUUUUCAUUUAUGUUUUAUAAAUUUCAAAAUUGGAUAGGUUUAGGAGGAUCACUUGAAUUAGAACAAUUUGAAAAACAUGAUGGACAAAUGCGAUCGAAAUAUUUCGAUCCAAUUGAACAUUUUCCUGAUAAAAUUGAUCAACUUUUGAAUGCACUCAAUCGAAUUUAUAUUAGUCAAAAUAAUGUACUUCAAAAACAAGAAAAACAAGACCUUUAG